AGGCGGCAGUGUGCUCAGUGAAUAUAAUGCCACCCAUUAGGAGUCUAUACGAUCUAUAAAGGACAUUUGGAUCCAGAUGGGGGAGAAAACUGAUCUAAUCGAAGGGAAUGGUUGGCGCGACGCGAGAGGAGUGGUGAGAGCAUGGCGGCGCAAGGAGGCUAAGAAUAAAGCAACUAAGUACUCUACACUCACCCAAAUAACAAAGCAAGGUAAUCCCUUACCUAGCCGGCCAGAAACUCAAAUCGGGAAACUAUGCCAAAUCAGUCCCAUCCCUCCUGUUGCAGCAUAUAUCUUUUCAUCCAUCAAUCACAACCUCUGGAAUGGACUCGUCAACGCCGAGGUUGAGGUCGAUGAGACUAUCAGUUCGACCGAUCAAAUCCCUCCCUUCAACGUUGCGGAUUCUGAUGACGAGGACCCCAUUCCACGGCCAAUCGGAAGAAAGAAUGCAAAAUCUAUUGCCUCGGGUUCGGGAGGUGGUGGCCGGGGCAGGGACAAUGGCGGUAUUGGAGCUGCCGACAGGGACAGUGGCGGAAGGGGUGCCGCCGGUAGGGACAGUGAAGGUAGGGCACUACCGUUGGCAGCAAUAGUGGCGGCGACAACCAAAACAAGGGUGCUGCAAGUGGGGAAAGUGGCGGAAGAAGCGCGGUUGGCGGGGAUGGUGGAGGCAUUGGUGUUACUGUCAGCAGUGGCUGUGGCGAUGACAACAGUGGCAAUGGCGGCGGGAUGGGCGGAAGCGACCACAGUGGCAGUGCUAGAGGAAGUGGCAACAACAUCGGAAAAGUGUCAGCGAAGAAGAUCAACAAGGAAGAAACCUUUAGCCGAUUGUGGCCGUCUCAAGGAAACGAAAGAGAUUGGCUGGAAGGAAAUGAAAGUGUCGGCCAAAAUUGAACCAGAGAGGAGAUUUGCAUCUCCUAUUUUGGGCAUAUAAGUUAGGAGCUCCUAUUUUGGGAAUAUGUCUAAUGAUUUAGUCCUAUUUGGUGGGUUUUCUUAAAUUUUUAAUUAUAUACGUGUAUUUCUGAUUAUUUCUUACCAAAACCGUGUAUAAGAAAAUCACUUUAUUUAAAAAAACCAAAAAGUCUAAAUGGAAACACGAUUGUGAUUUUAAUUUUGAUAACUUAAGAGCUCUCGAUACAAAUGUUAUACAUAUGGUGCAAUUUUGUGCCUAUUCAAAAUGACAAUAGUAAAAAAGCACCAUUGGGUGGUUGAGUUGUCUCCAUGAUCCUCUCUUAGCGGAAGCUAUAACGUAUUGGGAGGUGCUUUCUUAGCUUAAGAAGAAGGGCACUCGUGAUGUUGGGGCAACUGAUUUAACUCACCCCUGGCUUAACUAAGGAAAUCAAUAUUGGAAAAGAGAAGCAACAUAAGUCGUUGCAGGGAUAUGAAGAGGCACGAAGAAACAACGAAAUACCGGGAAAUUGAAGGACAAAGAUGUAUCGGAAAGAGAAUGAAAAUAUGAGAGGUGGGCGGUGAAUAAGCUCUCAUCGUGGGG